AAACACUUGACAAGAGAAAAGGAGCAUAUAGCAAAAAAUCACAUAGCAGAAAUAAAUCCCAGAGCCUUACCAAUCCCCCAAACAAUGUAUAACCAACGAGCAUUCAUGACAAUAAACAAAAGCGAACCAGCAUAUCAUAAAAAACACAUAUCACAAAUAAAUCCCAGAGUCUUACCAAACCCUCAAACAAGAUAUAAUCAACAUACAUUUACAACAAGAAACAAAAGCGAACUAGCAUACCAAAAAAUAAUGUAUAGCAAUAAG